CGUCCAUUCUGAUUGGCUUCCCGCAGCUGUCAAUUACCAGCAUCACACAGAAGCUUGCAUGGCCGCCCAGACAUUGUCAACAUCACAAUCCAAACAUUUUCAACAUCACAAGCCGCCGUCGCAGCAACAUUCCGAGCGGCUUUAAAACCCACGAAGGGUUUGUGGUGCAGCAGAUGUCCACGUACAGACUCUUGCUCCUGAGGCAUGGCGAGGGGGCGUGGAACCGCGAGAACCGCUUUUGCAGCUGGGUGGACCAGAAGCUGAGCGAGGACGGCGUGAAGGAGGCCCGGGACUGCGGCAGACUCCUGAAGGAGCUGGGCUACAAGUUUGACGUGGUCUUCACCUCCAUCCUCAGCCGCUCCAUCCAGACGGCCUGGCUGGUGCUGGAAGCCAUGGGCCAGGAGUGGGUCCCUGUGGUCAAGUCCUGGAGGCUCAACGAGCGCCACUACGGUGCCCUGAUAGGCUUGAACCGGGGGGAAAUGGCCCUCCAGCACGGCGAGGAGAAAGUCAAAUUGUGGAGGAGGGGCUAUGACAUUACCCCGCCCCCCAUAGAGGAGCAGCACCCGUACUUCCAGGAAAUCUAUAACGAUCGCAGAUACACCACCUGCGAUGUGGAGAAGGAGAAGCUGCCCCGUGGCGAGAGCUUGAAGGAGGUGUUGCUCAGGCUGCUGCCAUACUGGGAAGGCACGGUGGUGCCAGAAAUACUGCGAGGAAGAACGCUGCUCAUUUCCGCUCAUGGAAACAGCUGCAGGGCCCUGCUCAAACACCUGGAAGGAAUAUCGGACGAGGACAUCGCCAGCGUGACUUUGCCCACGGGGAUUCCCGUCUUGCUGGAGCUGGACAAAGACCUGCGGCCCGUGAAGGCUCGCCAGCUGCUGGGAGACCAAGAGAAGAUCCAGGCUGCCAUUAAAAAGGUGGAGGAUCAGGGGAAAGCCAAGGCAAGCACUUGAAACGCACGCCAGACCUCCUGAAGUCACGCUUGUUACUGGAAAACUGUUGCUCUGACCUGCCACUGUGUGCAAGCUUCCUGUUGUUUGGUCUCUAAAUGUGCUUUAGGUACUAAAUCAUCAUUUAUUUCAUGUUGGAUGUACCGCUAGUCGUGUGUAGAUAUGUUUUGUCAUACACUUUACUGCUAGUCGUGUGUAGAAAUGUUUUGUCAUCCACUCUAAGUAGACACGUUUACAUAGUCGUCAUGCUGACAAAAUCAAGUCUUAAGAGCAGACUUGUGAUACGUCUGCUUGCCCGUGAACUCUGUUAGCUUUUCCUCAAAUAGCCCACUGGAAGAAACGAACGCCACACCUCAAAUAGACUCCUCAGGAAAAUGGUGGUCCAAUAACAGGCGGCUGUCAUUAUACCAAGUCAGACUGGCAUCUGUAAAGCUGACACAUCUCUUGAAGAGACAGAGCAGAGAUUGCUGAGGACUAUGUGAGAGUAUUUGGAUGACACUGUAUGCAUUUCCUUUGUACUUGAAAGUGGUUUGAAUGUGUUCAUAUUGUUACUGCUUCUGAUUGGAAGAAUGAAUAUUAUUUCUUUCCAAAGCCUUCAGCUUUUUUUCACCUUACGGUGCACACCUGUGCUCUUCAACGUGUUCCAAUGUGCCUGGGGUCACAGGUCAUGUUGUUAUGGCACUUAUUUGCUUGUAUCUGUUACAAAAGGCCAAAAGUCCCUCCUGAGUCUGCAGAUCUGCUGCUGCUGCUCCCACUCACAUGGACCAGGGUAACACGGGAUAUUUCAAACAUCUUCUCAAGACUUUAGUAGGAGAUGGUGUAAAAAGUCAACAUGUUUCACCACCAAAACAAUGUGUGCUUUACCUUUUAGACCCCUCCAAAACAAUCACUGUUACUUUGUCACUGAUCUGAAGUGUCGUCCAAGACUAAAUGUCAGCUUUUUGUGACCUAAUUAAAGACAUUUGAUGGAAAA